AUGGCUGCACUUCGAAGUCCCUUCUUCAAGGAAAAUGUAACCCUCUUAGGCUUAUGUAAAAGAUUCGAUGAACUUGAUUAUGCACCAUUACCAAGUAAAUUAUAUUCUCUUGACUUUCGUGGUUUAGUGAGUCAUUGCCUGACAUUAGAACCAAAAGGUCGUCCGGUUAUCGCUGAAGUUACUCAGUUGUCAAUGACAAUGUACAAUAAAUUCUUGAACGAAUCAUCGACAUCGAGUACACUAACUUCGACAGACAGCAACACAUCAGAUUCUGGCUUUGGAUCAGCAUGA